CUUUUUUUCACCUGGGUUGUCCAAUACUGCCAUACUUUCUUAUAACCAGCCACUGCAGGUAAACAGGCAGUUUACACUUCCUGAAAGGCCCCGUUCUUCCUUUUAAGAACUAUGGUUGCCAUGCACCGUCCAAGAUAUACUCCAUUUCCCCUGGUAAAGAGAAAGCUCUGCAAGGCCGAGUACUCCAAGUUCUUUUGUUUUGCCCAGAUCUUUGUGAUAAUAACUACCCUGUUGAGCAGCUUCAUCGAUGGAAGUAGGUACUUGCCUAGCUCUGGGUCUUUCUAGUCGCAUCUGGUUCAAAGUUGAACCCGAGAGCAUAAACCAG